AUAUAUCUGCUUUUAAAACUUCUGUUGUCUUAGCACAGUGGUUCUCCAAGGUGUGGCAGGAGAGGAUGGCCACUGUGAACUGUGGCGGGAAGAUUCAAGGACAAUCAAUUAUUUCAGUAUAGUAUAACAUCAAAAUAAUUAUUUUUAUUAGCAGAAUAUGGAUAGAUGUCUUUUCAAAAUGAGAGCAAGAACACUAAAGGAUACAGAGGACAAUCUUAGUUGUGUUCCAGAAUCGCGUUUAGAACAGAGUGCUGGAGAAAACUUGUUUAUAAUUAUUUUUUUGGGAAUGAUUCAUGUUCUUAUACUUUCUGGAUGCCCCAUGAUCAUAUUAUAAAGUGGUUGUGUUCUAUGUUAUAAAUCAAGCACUGCCAGGAGUUGUUUCAUUUUGUUUUCCAGUAAAAAAUAAAAAAUAGGUGUAGGGGAAACAAAUUUGUAUUCUGAAAGUGUGGCCCAGAGAAAAAACUUGAGAACCACUGCUUUAGCAAAAUCUAAAGCUUGUUUAUCUUUUGAAGACUAACUUAAAAAUGGGAGUGGAAUAUAUAUUUAGAAAUAAAAUUAACUGUUCUAGCAUUAGGAUGAAAACUAAAAUCAUUAUACAAUGAAUGAAGGUUCUUUAAUAUUUGAGCAAAUGGUAAAUACUAGUCUGAUUAACUGGUUGUCUUAAUUGAAAAAUGCAAAUUAGGGAUCAGAAUUAAUAUGUAAAUGAUGAAGAUAAUGUACCCUUUAAAACCCUUAAAACACAAUUAUUUAUAAAGUUUGCUGCAAGCAACCUUAUGGCAAAUUUCCUAAAGAUGGUAAGCUACUGUUAGACUGAAAAUUCUGUACUGUGUGGCAGAAACAAUUAUCCAGGUUAUUUUUGAUUUGAUCUUCCUAGAACAGAAAGCCACAUGUCAGUAUUUGUUCACUGUAUUGAUGGUAGCAAAACCAGAUGUACUUGCACAACACUACUGAUUUCUGUAAUGGGUAUAAAAAUAUGGCCAAGAUGUUCUGACCUUGUGAUAUGUGUUAUUGAUGGAGAUCCAGGCAUUGUGUUAUUGAUGGAGAUCCAGCCAUAAAUCAGCUAAUGGUUGCCAAAGCAUUUUAAAUAAAGCUGGGUGAGAUGUUGGCUGCUUUUUAAAAAAUAGUGAAGCUGUUGAAUACUCAAGAGAAUGAGCAUCAUAUCUCAACUGCAGAGUUGCAAAUUUAGAGAGCUUAGAAAGUAAGAUCUUAAUUACACUAUAUAGGAAAACAAAUAUUCCCAGAAGUAUUAAUUGCUCCUUUUAGUUGCCUUAAGGAUUUCAAGAGAUUGAAAUAUAUAAGUGCACCCUUUAUGGUUAUUUCAUUAACAGAAUGUACCGGUAGUUUCAUGCUCUAAUGCCCUCAAGUCAGGGCUUAAGGAAGGAUGAAUAGGAAGGUGUGUCCUUACUUUAUACUGUCAGGAAAUGGUUUGAUGGUAAGAACAAUUAUUGCAAAGCUGCUGAUGUAAAUAGACUAGAGAAAAUGUUUGAAGAGAAGUCCAAUUCAGGGGUCGGCAACCUAAAGCCACAAGUGGCCCACAGGGGUUGUUUAACUGGCCCAUGAGCCACCCCUGAACCGAGCCCUCCGCUCGGCGAGUCUCCGCGCGCUACGCUAAACCAGCGCGGCGCUGGAAAUUGGGGGGGGGGCAUGAUCCAGGCCACAGAUGGAUCUCUGCUGGAGUGAACUGGCCCAGGCGAGAUAAACUUUGCUGACCCCUGGUCUAAUUUUUUAUCAAUCAGAAGCGAUUCUAAGUACAAUGAGGGUCCCCAAAACACAAUUCAACCACUGACAAAUCCCAGUUCCAUUUAAAAGUGAAUAUAAAUUCUCAUUUAAACAAAAUACCCUUACAGUGGUGCCUUGACUUACGAAUUUAAUCAGUUCCGAAGGCACCUUCAUAAGUCGAUAAAUUCAACAGUCGAAAAACGCCAUUGGAAGCAACCCUAUCUAAGUCGAAGCAACCCUAUCUAAAAAUUCGUGAGUCGAAAAAUCCCUAUCUAAAACCGCCAUGGUUUUUUCCGGAUGUCGAGACAUUCGUAAGCGCGUGGCCAUUACCCCCAUUCGUAAGUCAAAAAAUCGGUUGUCGAGUCGUUCGUAAGUCGAGGUACCACUGUACAUGUAUAAGUUAUGGUUACCCUAUUGUAUGUAUCAACAUCCUGAUAAUGGAGCACUGGUUAAAAUCUAUUUAAACAAAUUGCAAACGUGAGCCAGAGGAACAGCUGAGCUGACAGGCGACUCCCCAUUAACAAGGGGGUUUCAUUCCGAAUCCCAACGUAAGUUGGUGAAAUUAGGUAAAAUGGGGAGUUGCCUUUCAGCUGUAUAUUGUAAUUUGAACUUUUUAUGGGCAUGCUUGUAAUGUAUUUGCAAACACCACUGUCUAUAGUGCUUCUGGAAAUUUAGGCUUGCAGCAUAACCUUAUGUUGGAUGUGAUUGAAUCUUGGUCACUGAUUAUCUAUUCAGCUCUGUUUUUGCCCCCCCCCCUGUUGCUUAGCACCUCUCCCUCUCACAAAACAAUAGGCUAAUGAUAAUCCAAGGCUUCUGGUCACAAAAUGCAUAUGCCUCUCUUUCGAGAGACAGUAUGAGGCAGCUGAGAGAUUAAUAAGUUUCUGCUUUAUUUAACUACCUAGAAGCUAUUCAAAGUGGUGAGGGGGGGGUACCUACCAUGAACAGAAGUUUAUAUAGAGCUCAAUUUACUUGAAUUCCAAGUGUUCAUAGAAGAAAAAAUAUAAGCUUGAACUUAACUAGAUUCUUAUUGAUGUUUCCAAGAAUCCAAUUACAUUUACUUAUGAAAUUUCUAUGCUGCAUUUCCUUGUUAGCAUCCAACAAAUGCUUACAGCAAUAUAAAAUGCACAAUGCAAUAAGAAUAGUAAAAUAAAAAUAACAAAAGAGCAUAUUUUAUUCACUUGCUUAAAAAGCAUUUUUACCCUGCUCUUCAGUUGAAAAAGGUGCCAGCACUACUUGCAAUGAUCAGAAAUGCUGCAGUCCUUGCCUCAGGCUUAUAAUAUAAGUGACGGAGCACAAAUGGAAAAGGGAUUGGUAUGCACUAGUUCUUAAUUAAUAACUUCAGUGGGUAGUAAUUCAGUGGUCUUAGAGGCUAACAGUACAAUCCUAUACAUGUCUCUACUCAGACGUUUGUUCCGUUGAGUUCAGUGGAGCAUACUGCCAGAUAAAGAGGUGCAGAUUUGAAACCUAAGGAUUCCAUAAAAAAAACCUCAGUAGAACUAAGCUGGGAUCAUCUUGGGUGCUGUAAAGCCUAAUUUUAGCACAUAUUGAUAAUUGAGUUAGACUUCUUUGAAAAGCUUUUAUGGCUUUCAUGAGCUAAAACCUAUUUGGGGGAUCUGAGCAACAUAAUACAAUAAUGUAAUUAUUCAGUGUGUUAAGAUAAUACUCUGGAACUGAACAAAACCAGAAGGUUGACAUUUUUUGGACCAAAAUGUUCAAGAGGACAUUAUUUUAUAUGCUAAGUUUGAUCUUGAAGCAAGGAUGUUUCUCUAGGAAAAGUAAAGGUACAUGGGGACUCACUGGAGGUGUAGGUUUUUCGCCAACAAGCUCCAUGUGAUCUCUGACUGUUUCUGUGCUAUAAUACAACAGUAUGGAUGUUGUUGAAUAAUACUAAUUUCUCUCCAGCUUCUCCCUUGAUUCAUUCCAGCACACAAGGAGGACUUACAGCUUCAGGAAACAUCCAGGAAACUAGCAGUAGUAUGGAAAAGUGAGACUACUAAUAAUCCUAAGAAUAAAUACAUUUUGAUCCACGGCCUCCUAACUAAGUCUGUCAGAAUUUAUGUAUGUUUUAGAAUAUCUUUUAGACAAGGGGGGGAAGUCCCAGCCACCCCACAAGUCAAAAUCUAUUUUUCUGUUUGCAGUGGAGACUGGCGUCUCAGCAAGGAAUAAACAAGAAAUGGUGGUAUUUCAAAGUAAUUUAAUAUAACACAAUUGACAAUACAGGUCAGUUUGGAAAUCUGGAAGAUGAGUAUGAUUGUUAAGCUAAUACUAUGCUUCUUAAGGAUAGUUGCUUGUAACUGCCCAAUUUGAAUGGUACUGCAUUUAUUCAUUGUGUUACUAAAGAAUUUCAUGGAAACAUGCAUAUAGAAAUGGAUGGCGUACUAAGAAACUCUUUGCCCCACAUUAUUGAAAUAAUAGGUGAUAUUAUUUAGCCACUUUGUGUAAUAUAUACAGCUUCAAUUUGAAUCUUUGUUUUUGUCCCAGGAUGAAGACGAUUGUGAAGAUGGCUUGCCUAAGGAAUUUUAAAAGGUGCAGACCACCUGAUUGAAGAUGGUGGUUCUGUGUCUUAUCCCAUUUGAUAAGUAAAUUGCCACUGUUCCAUAAGCAAGUCAUGAUUACGUUAACUGAACUCAGAUGUUUAGCAGAUGCCCAAUCAUCAUACCACAUCCUGAAACCAUGGUGGGAUGUCUUCUGCUAUUACCUCACCAUGAUAAUGCUGCUUGUUGCUGUCCUUGCUGGAGCUCUCCAACUCACUCAAACUAGAUUGUUAUGUUGUCUUCCUUGCAAGCUUGAGUUUGACAAUCAUUGUGCAGUGCCUUGGGAUCUGGUGAAAAACAACCUUAAUGUAUCCUCCAGCUCUGCAGCGCCAAUAGUGCUCCCUCUUAGAAUCCAGAAUUACCUUCAUCGACAGCAGUAUUCUUACAUUGAUGCUGUGUGUUACGAGAGAGAACUUCACUGGUUUGCCAAAUUUUUCCCAUACUUAGUGCUUCUUCAUACUUUCAUUUUUGCUGCUUGCAGUAAUUUUUGGCUUUACUAUCCCAGCACAAGUUCAAGGCUGGAACACUUUGUAGCCAUACUACACAAAUGUUUUGAUUCUCCCUGGACAACACGUGCCCUGUCGGAAACAGUUGCUGAACAGUCUGUGAGGCCUCAGCCAUUCUCCAAAUCUAAGACCUUUCUUUCCUCUCCAAGCAACAUAGCUGAAUUGGAGAGCAAACGGCAGUCUGUCUCCUACUCACAGACAGGGCUGGAAACAGCUGGAAGAGAGAGCUCUUCAAAUGUUCUAGACAGAAAAGAAGGGGAGCAAGCAAAAUCAAUAUUUGAAAAAGUCAAAAGAUUCAGGCUGCAUGUUGAACAGAAGGAUAUCAUCUAUCGUGUGUAUCUAAAACAGAUUGUGAUCAAGGUCAUUGUAUUUAUAUUAAUAAUGAUUUAUGUUCCCUAUUAUUUAACCUUUAUUACACUAGAAAUUGACUGUGUGGCUGAUAUUCAAGUCUUUACUGGCUACAAGAGAUACCAGUGUGUUUAUUCACUGGCAGAAAUUUUUAAAGUGCUAGCUUCAUUUUAUGUUAUCGUGGUGAUCUUGUAUGGCCUGACGUGCACUUACAGUUUGUUAUGGAUGCUGAGAAGUUCACUCAAACAAUAUUCUUUUGAGAAGCUGAGGGAGCAAAGUAAUUACAGUGAUAUUCCUGAUGUAAAAAAUGACUUUGCCUUCAUUCUUCACCUAGCAGACCAGUAUGAUCCUCUGUAUUCAAAACGGUUCUCAAUAUUCCUCUCUGAGGUGAGUGAAAACAAGUUGAAGCAGAUCAGUCUAAAUAACGAGUGGUCUUUAGAGAGAUUGAAAAGCAAACUGGUACGAAAUUCCCAGGAGAAGAUGGAACUUCACCUUUUUAUGCUUAGUGGUCUUCCAGAUGACAUCUUUGAACUCACUGAGAUAGAAGUUCUAACCCUAGAACUUAUUCCUGAGGUUAAGCUUCCUGCAUCUGUAAACCAGCUACCCAAUCUCAAGGAAUUGAACAUUUAUCAUUCAUCAUUAACUGUGGAAUUUCCAGCACUGCACUUCUUAGAAGAGAAUCUAAAAAUCCUGCGUCUAAAGUUGGCUGAUAUGGGAAAGAUUCCACGUUGGAUCUUCUAUCUAAGAAACUUGCAGGAAUUGUAUUUGACUGGAUGUUAUAUGCUAGAAAACCAGAAUGGCCUCUACAACGAGGGCUUUCAGGAUCUUGUGAAUCUGAAAACAAUUCACUUAAAGAAUAGCCUUUCCCGCAUACCUCAGGUGGUUACAGACCAGUUGCCUUCACUACAAAAAUUAUCUAUUGACAACGAGGGGAAAAAACUUCUAGUGUUGACCAACUUGAAGAAAUUGCUUAACCUGAGAACUUUGGAAUUGAUCAGCUGUGACUUGGAGCGCAUUCCACAUUCUAUCUUUAGCCUGAACUAUUUGCAUGAAAUAGACUUAAAAGACAAUAAUAUACGAACAGUAGAAGAAAUCAUUAGUUUUCAACACCUUGAGAACCUUUCUUGCCUGAAAUUGUGGCACAACACCAUCUCUUACAUCCCAGUGCAGAUUGGAGCUUUAGCAAACCUGGAGCAGCUCUAUUUAAAUCAUAACAACAUAAAAAAAAUUCCACCACAACUUUUCCUUUGCCUAAAGCUACAUUAUUUGGACCUUAGUUAUAACAAGCUAACAUCCAUUCCGCAUGAAAUCCAGUAUUUAACGAACCUACAGUACCUAGCUGUGACAAAGAAUCACAUUGAGGCACUUCCAAAUGAAUUAUUUCAGUGCAGAAAGCUACAAUAUCUCCUACUGGGACAUAACAGCCUGAUGCAUUUGUCCCCUAAAGUUGGGGAACUCUCCAACCUUGUUCAGCUGGAGCUUAAAGGAAACUACCUGGAGUUGCUGCCUGCCGAACUGGAAGAAUGUAACUCUUUGAAACGGAGCUGCUUAAUUGUAGAAGAACACUUGCUAAAAACUCUCCCCCUUAGGGUAACAGAGCAUAUGCAAAUGUGCUUGGACAAAGUCUGAGCUUGAGAUUCUCUGCAGAGCAACAAAUUCCUCUUGAGAGUUUUAAAUUAUAGCUCUAAAGGAAGUAUAGCUAGCAAGAAGGGAAAUGCAAGGGGGUUGUUGAUUUUACUGCAGCUCUGUGCAUUGACCCAAGUUUCUGCUGAUAAAAAACCCACACACACAUUUAAAUCUUAAUCAAACAAAAAUAAAUAUUAGGCAAGUAUAUGUAUACAUAUAUACCAUGAAUAAUUUGAAACUGGAAUUAAAGAGUGAAAGUUAAGUGGAUAGCGUAAUCGUGGUUUUGAGUGACUGGGAAAGGUGACUAUAUAGUUUGUCUGAGUCUAGUAAGGGUCGUUUUCCCAUAACAUUUUAUUGUGUAGUUUUCAACAAAUGACUGUAAAGACCAACAAACAUAGGGUGAUAUCCAAUUGUUUUAUCCUUCUUGCAAAGUGGACUUCUAUAUUUGCAAACAGGACGUACCAUUUCUCCCACUUUGCAGCUCCUCAUGUGCCCUCAAAAUCUGCUUUGGAGGGUUGGAGGAUCCUCCACAGCAGAUUGGAUGUGGACUGCAAGAGGAGGGGAGGGAGAAGUGUAAUCGAAUGCAGCAAUAGACAACUCUGGAUCUCACCCAUAGCUUUUCACAUUCGCCAUGAUUGGGUGUUGGUGACAGUGGGAGGGUCUUUGUGAAGACUAUCCUAUAUAAAACACCACUCUUUUUUUAUACUGGGGAAAUGAUUUCAAAGUUGAGUUUUACAACAGGAGAUGAUACUUUUGUUUAUAAAUAACUAAGAAAUUUCUGAAGAAUUGUUCCUUAACACAAGCUUAAUACUAAUCAUUAAAACACCAGUGUUCUCCCUAUUUGCUUGUAACUUGACAUACAUAUUUGAAAUCUCCUCCCAGUAGUGCAUCAGAACUCCAAUUAGGGAGAUGUAAGAAAAUACCAAAAGACGGUGGGGGUGGCACUGUGGGGCCUGCAGCGCACCCGAGCCAUGUGUCUCUCCUGAGAGUGACGAGGUGGCUUGGGUGCCUGCAGGCCCCGUGGUGCGGCGCCCAGUGCGCCCGCCCCCUGCCCCUCCUGGCUACGUCUCUGAGUUGGAUAUCAUCUUCUGCUUGUGCAUAGUGGAAUACAACUGGACCUGAUUUAAAAAUGAAACCUUGGACAACUAUGCAAAUAGUUCUAACACAAUAUUUGUCACCCGUUUUGUGUUAUGAUUAAUGUGUGUGUUUACAUACACAAGGACAGUUUUCUAGUGCUUGUCUCUAAUCCUGAGGCAAGCAGUAGAACCUUAAUAUAUCACGUAGAUGGUCAUUUUCAAUAUCUGGCUAUUUAUUUAUUUUUUAGUCUUUUGGUACUUUCUUACAUCUCCCCAAUUGGAGUUCUGAUGCACUACUGGGAGGAGAUUUCAAAUAUGUAUGUCAAGUUACAAGCAAAUAAGGGGAACACAGCUGUUUUAAGCUUUACAGAUAACGUAGAGUCUUUUUUACUCCCCAAAAAAUCCAAAUCUAAUCUUAAAAAUGUUUGGGUAACAUCGAUUUAUCCCUUAUUCAUACAUAAAGAAUGGUAUGUUACAGCAGUUUUCCAAACCUACAAGAGAAAGAUGUACAACUAUCGUAGGUUGGAUUCAGAAUAGACUGGCUGAAAUCAAUAAGACUUAAAUUAGUCAGAACAAGACUAAUUGAAGUCUGAUUUCAGUAUUCUAAGCCUGACUGCGGUGGUGGAGCUUUCUGAUAUUCAACCUGAUCUCACAAAAUCAGCAUAAGGAAUGCUACAUUACGUGGCAGAAUAAGGUACAUUUUCUCUGAAUGCAUGCUAACAAGUUUACACCAUAAACAGGGGAGGCAAAAAAAUAUCAUGAUGAUGAUGUCUCAACAGCAUUGAAGUAGAUACCAUACCCAAAUGGUGUGAUUUGUUGUGUCCUCAGCGGCCCUCCAGGUGGCAGAGUGCCUAAAUGUGCCCUCCCAAAAAACUGACCCAGGGCAACGGCCCCCUCCAGCUAUGCCCCUGCAUGACUGGCUCCAGCUGCAUUUGGGUAAGGCAUCUACUUCAAUGCUGCUGAGACGUCAUCUUCAUUUUUCCUCCUCCCCUGUUUAUGGUGUGAACUAGUUAGCAUGCAUUCAGAGAAAACGUAUCUUAUUCUGCCAUGUAAUGUAGCAUUCCAUAUGCUGAUUUUGCGAGAUCAGGUUGAAUGAUAUCAGAAAAGUGCUUUUGUAACUAUUUUAUAUUGACUAAUUUUUUUACUUUGCUCCUUUUUAAAAAUAGCUUACUUUAUCUUGCCACAAAACUAAGUUAAUCUCUCCAGUAGUAUCUUACCAUGUUGACAUCAGUCCAUCACAAUAAUUACAUUCCAAAGACCUUUUUAAAUAGCUCUCAGGGAACAAAAAAGAUAAGCUUUGUGUUUUUCAUGGACCUGAUACAGGUCUGAUAGAGGUCCAAUUCUCCCGGGUUGUUUUCCCCCCAAGGUGCGAUUUAUUAAUAAUUUGGGGUACUUUUCACAUCUGCAUGCCAAGAAACAUGCUUCACGUUUGGUUUCUAAUACAAAUUAAGUUUUGUUACAUAAUGGAACACAAAUAUGCUUAAUGCUUAGGUCUACAUUGGGCAAGGGAAGUCUAGAUGUUUCAGAAUCUACCCAGAUGGGGCUCUUUCCUGUCAUGUAAAAGAUACAAACCUUGGAACAACAUUGCAAUUGAGAGAGUGGCUGCUGUUGAGGAAUUUGUACUAGGAAAAGAUUGUGGACAUAAUUAGCUUUUUGGCUUUCAUGUUACCUCUUUCACCCAUCUCAAAAUCAGCUACCGUGAACUCAUUUUUGCCUCUGUCGUCUUUCCAGCUCUGUUCUGGUCCUACUCAGCUUCUGACUUGUGCUUGCCAACAGUCAUCUCACAAAUAGAUGCCAUUAAUGUUGGUGUACGGUGGCACUGGAAUGGUUUAAAUCACUGUGGCCAGAACUCUGUUCUGAAACUUUAAAAGUCUUGACAUUGUUGUGUAUAUAUUAUAACUGUGUUAAGAGUUAUAAAACAUUCACAAAACGUUAAGACUUAAAGUUUCAGAAAUUGAUAGACACCUUUGUUUAUUUUUUAAAGGAAGUUGGUUUAUUUUUUUUGUUCAAAAAGCAGGUCUUUAAAGUGGAAACAAACAAAAAACCAACUGGGCAUUGCUGAGAACACACUUGCAGAGAUUACUGGCACUCUUCAUUUUAACUAUAUCAUGUGUUGGUCCACCUUUUUAGUAGUGCAUGAACUUGGGAUUGGCCUUGAUUUCUUGAACAUUCCUUCCACUCAGAUUAUUUUAUCAUCCAACACGGGUAACUGAUGUGGUUCCCUCCAGCUGCUUGUGACUACCACUCCCAUCAUCACUGACAAUUAAGCUGGCUGCGGCUGGAGGGUCUUUUGUGCUGUAUUUCUAUGAGACCAGUGAGACUAGGAAAGGGCUAUUAAAGAAAGCAUGGAUAACAUUGACUCGGAAAGGUGAAGAUUUCUUUAAAAGGCUAUGGCCGUAACACACAGGUAUGAGGGCGUGAUCAUUCGCCUAAAUACAGACUAACUCAGAAUUAAAUAAUACAAGCAUAAGAAUUUAAAAUAAGACAUUAAUCAAAUGGACUUUUUAAUCUUUUUGCAAAAGAUUUUUCACAAAGAGCAAGAAAUCUAAAGGCUGGUAAUUCUGGCCUUACUGCAUGCCACAGUGUGCCUUUUGUUUCCUUUCUGUAUUCUGACCUCACACUUCAGAUGACAGAGCUGAACUGUGAGUAUUUUUGAAAAACUUUUGUUUCCCAUCUUCAUACUUAAUAUAUUGCAUUGAAGAGAAUUUCAGCAAGCUAAAUCACCUUCCUAAUUAUAGGACAAGCUAUGUUAACCACAACCCAUAUUUGUAUAUAGCAUUUAUUUUAUACACAAUGGCUUUUCAGUUUGUUUCACUGUAAUGCUGCUGGGGGUAGAGAGGGAAUGUUUAAAUAUGGUCUUGCAUAUACUGGCAAUUUCUGUUGAAAAAAAAUAUUUGAAUAAAAUUCUAUUACCGGUAA